CUUCACAACCAGCAACAUCAACUGAUCUUACGAUGAAUACCUUCAGCCGACAAAAGUUUCGCCUUGCCUUUCCUUUUAGUAAACACCAUUGUCGCAUUUCCCUCAACCGGAGAGGGAAGUCGAGAACCCUUCGCCGGCGUAUGAAGUGGCUGCGAUCGGAGAUGGAAGAAAUAAGUCAGGAACAAGGAAAGAUCAAAGAAGGGCAAAGACAAGUGAGAGAAAAAUUUGAAGCCGUGGAAAUGGAAUGCGAGCAGCUUCGAGGGGAGACUAACGUCAUAAUGCAGCAGAGCAUGAGCACCCAGCUCCGCCUUACUUUCAUGUUCCAAAUUUUAAAAGCCAGAGAAAACCAAGACUUCAGCCAAGCCGCUCAACUCACUGCCGCUCUCCGCGAGAUAGCGAGAGAGAAUCAGUAGAAAGCAUGAAGCAGUAAGAAAUAUCUGAAUAAAAGGCAAAGGGUGGUGAAGAGGAGUAGCUCUUUCUAUCAUGUUAACUGAUAAUUAAUCAUUUUAUGUACGUCGUUCACGUCAAUGUGGUCAAUGUUAUUCUUCUAAUUCUGGUUUUAGCCUUUCGUGUAUGAGUUUGAAUUCUAUGUAUGUGGUGUACGAGUGAUUUUCCAAUAAGUUGUAUUGUAUGAUAUCCUAUUCUGUU